AUGGACUACUCCUAUUACAAUGGACCUAGAUCGCAGCCCUACUCGCUAUAUGGGUUGCCCACGCCAAACCAGCAACCCCCGCAAGAUGAUGCCUUCGCUCUAAAUAAUUACAACCAGAACUUCCCUGGCUUUGACCCUGCAUUUCGACUCGACCCCUCCCAAUCCUUUGUUCCGCCACCGCAUUCACCGCCAGAGUCUUUCACAAAGCACUCGGUAUCAAGCAACGACGCCAAUAACCAGCACACAGACCCCAUCUCAUUCGAUGGUGAUGACUCCCAGCAUGCAGAUCCCCUGGGCCGAAGCAGCAGCGAAGAGAAAGAUUCAGUCCCGGCGCAAAGCAAGCGCAAAGCCCAGAAUCGCGCGGCACAGCGCGCAUUCCGCGAAAGAAAAGAGCGCCACGUGAAAGACCUCGAGGAUAAGGUCAACAACCUCGAAAAUGCAUCCGAUACACUACACGCCGACAAUGAGCGGCUCAAGCGCGAGCUAGCGAAAUAUACGACGGAGAAUGAGAUUCUGCGCGCAACUUCCCAGCCGAAUCGCGGGCCUGGAAAUCUAAAUGAGGUCCCCGAGCCAACUGUCACAGGACCCAUGCGGUACUCGCCGACGGAUUUCUAUACGAGUCUUGCGCCGGAUGGUCCUGUGCCGAGGAGCCCUCAGCACCGGGUUACGGUGUGUCCGAUCACUGGCGAGAAAUUGCUGGAUGCUAGUGCUACGUGGGACUUGAUUCAGGGCCAUGAAUUGUUCAAGCGGGGUCAGGUCGAUAUUGCUAAUGUGACUGAGAUUCUGAAGGGCAUGGCACAGUGUGAUGGGCAGGGACCGGCUUAUAAAGAGGGUCAGGUGCGGCGGGCCAUUGAAGCGAGUGCGGCUAUGGAUCGGGAUGAAUUGAUUUGA